UAGCCAGGUCCAGCCUCUGCUAGAGCCAUGGAGAACUCAGUCCUAUCCUGUGUCCUUUAUCCAGGUGAUGGGAAUGUCAGUGAGGCAAAGACCUGUCCAAAAAGGCUCUGCGGAGAAGCGGAGCAGCAGCUAGGGCCCCCGGCAAAAGCUCUGGGGGAAGCAGAGCGCAGCAACGGCAGCCAGCAGCAGCCCGGCUCCAUGGAAGGGAGCGCAUCAGCGGGGGAAGAGGAGAGCGGGGGUGGGGAAAGCGCCGCGCUCCCUUUGCAAGCCCCCUGCGGUUUCAGCUCCUCCUUGUGCUUCAGCUCGCCCGGGGCGGGGGACAAAGCCCCGCAGCAGGAUCCCGGAGCAGCCUCCUCCUGCAGCCGGGUGGUGAAGAACCAGUGGGAGAUUAACAACACGGCGUCUGAGGAGGAGGGGGAGGCGGGAGGAGCCGACAUUGCCCAGCCGCCGCCUGGCACUUACUGUCCCCAGGCUGGAGCACAGCCCAGCAGCCCGCAGCAGCCGGUCUCGGAGGAGCCGGACCUGGUGAUCGAAGUGUCCGGCCGGCGGAUCCGAGCCCACAAGUCGGUGCUGGCGGCCAAAAGCGACUAUUUCCGUGCACGCUCGUCCCGGGACAUCCUGCGGGUGAAGGGGGUUAGCUACGGGGCUCUGCGCCUGCUCAUCGACUACGUCUACACGGCCCGCAUGGGCGAGGUGCGCCAUGACAACCUGGCCGAGGUGGUGAGCGGCGCCCGCGUGCUGCAGAUGCCCUGCGCCCUGCACUGCGCAGCUGAGGCCAUGCGGGCCCAGCUGCGCCUCGACAACUGCUACCAGCUGCUGUGCCUGGCCAAGAAGCAGCGGCUGGCGGAGCUGCGGGAGGCCACCUACCGCUUCAUGAGCGACCACUACCUGCAGGUGUUGCGGGAGCCCGCUGUCUACGGGCGCCUGAGCGGCGCGGAGCGGGACCUCAUCCUGCAGCGCCGCCUGGAGGCCGGCAAGCGGUGCCUGCUGGUGGCCGAGGUCAGCGAUGCCUUCGAGAGGCUGAGCGCGGGCAGCAGGCCGCAGAGCCGGGAGAGCAGCCGGCCGCAGAGCCCCUCCUCCGUGGUGUCGCUGGAGGAGAGCAGCUACCUGAUCUACUGCUACCAGGAGGCAGCCAAGGAGUGGAGGGUGCUGACCCGCCUCCCUGAGGAGGCCAACGCCAAGGGCUGCGCCAUGUGCGUCCUCUACAACUACCUCUUCUUGGCUGGGGGCAUCGCGGCGGCGCCGGGCGAGCAGCGCGCGCGCCUCUCCGACAAGGUCUUCUGCUACAACCCACUCACCGACACGUGGAGCCAGGUGCGGCCGCUGGGCCAGCCCCGCUCACAGCUCAAGCUGCUGGCCUUGGAUGGCUACCUCUAUGCUGUGGGGGGCGAAUGCCUCUUCACGGUGGAGAGGUAUGACCCCCGGGCCGACCGCUGGAGCCCGGUGGCGCCGCUGCUCAAGGGCGCCUUUGCCGUGGCGCAUGAAGCCACCACCUGCAACGGGGAGAUCUACGUGUCGGGUGGCUCCCUCUUCUACCGCCUGCUCAAGUACGACCCCCGGCGGGACGAGUGGCAGGAGUGCCCCUACAACAGUAGCCGCCGCCGCUCCGCUGACAUGGUGGCCUUCAAGAGCUUCAUCUACCGCUUCGACCUGAGCGGCAGCCGCGGCGAACAGGGCCAGGCCGGCGGGGUCGAGGUCUUCCGCUACAACACCGUGGCCAAGCGCUGGAGCCAGUGCGCCUCCCUGAGGCCCAGCAGCGGCCCCCUGCAGCCCUUCCGCUGCGCCGCCCUGGGCAGCACCAUCUACUGUGUCAACCGGGCCGGCACCCUACGCUUCAACCUGGCCCAGGACGGUGAGGUGGAGGCUGACGGGGGGCUGCCAGGCAGCUUCGAUGCGGAGCUGCUCAAGGCCCCCUUCGAGGCCAAAGGUGUCCUCCUGCCCUUCGUGCUCACCCUGCCGGAGAAGCCAGACAAAGCUGGGGAGCCAGAGAGCCCCCUGGUGCUCUGAGUGGGCCUGGCGUGAGGGCAGCCAGAUCAACUACGGGAAGGGGCUGCGAUUGGUUUCUGCAUUGCGCCACCAUCAGCUGGUCUGGGGCCCCUCCACCACUGCAUGGCAAACAUCUAGCCAGGGGCCUACUCCAGCUGGCAGGAUUAGAGGGAGCUGAGCCUGCCCCUAGCUCAGCGGCCUGCCCGACAGCCACAGCCCCUGACUAGGGGCAUCUUCAGAAGGUAUGCAUGAAUUAGAGGGCUGGUGUGCCCCUCUUGAAAUGUUGAUCUAGGGCCGCUGCUGGUUAUAACCACUCUAAUCUUUACUUUGCUUCAUGCGGGAAGAAUUCACUCCUUGGCGCUGGUGAGCAGCCAAGCAAAUUAAAGAAAAGCUGCUAAAAUAGGAUAAUCUUUGGGAUAAUGUGGGCCAGUUCCCAAUCUGGAGAAGACCUUUCCUCCUGGAGUUAUAUAAAUCCCUGAAAACAGAAGCUUAUAAUGGAAUAUUUAAUAAUAGUGUUGCUCUUGUAUAUAUACACAAGAGGGGCUGCUUCUUCUGCCGUUCAUUUUCUUUUCUUUUUUGGAUAUCAGUUGUGAAUACUGCUGGCUACAUAAAGGAAUUCAGUUUACUUUUGAUGCUAAACUCAACAGUGCAUAUGUUAGAAAAGUGUAAGGAGAUCAUCUGAAUUGCAUCCUUUCAUUUUUGGUUCAAUAGAUUCUUUAAGGAAGACAUGGCACUGUAGCCCCAAGGAUCUGCAACCACAACGAAUGAUUUAACAGAGACCAGAUUUAAAGUUUUUAAGCAACACAAAUGCCUGCCACAUGUUCAUAUUUGGAAUACAGGGGAAAAGUCAAUUUACCAUAGCACAGCAGAAUUGUGGCUGAAAGAAGUGAUAAUUUCUGUAAAAGACAAUGCUUUACUUUUUUAUCAGAAGUUUUAAAUUAUAGUAAACAGGAAGCAAAGCUGUUCAGUUCAUGGCAGAUUGACAUGACUGUGGAUGCCGCUGAGUUUUGGGGAAAACACUUUGUAUUUCACUGCUCUUUAAUUAACUGCAAAUCAAUGAAAAUGAACCUAAACCAAAUGUGAAUUCUUUAAAACUGAUUGCAUUCAGUUUACAUAUUACAUUUUAUGUCCAGUAGCCUGUGGUAAGAGACUAUUCCAGCAUAGAACAAGGCUAUCACAGGAGAACAAGAAAAACAAGAGUUUGCUACACAGGCUGAUUAUACGUAUGUACUAGCAUAAUGUUGAGAUUUCCCCAUCUUUUAAUUGAGAGACUGAUUUAUUUAUUUGAGGUAAAUGAGUGUUGUAAUUAAUAAUUCACUUGUCAAUUAUAGUUCAUACUGAUACCAUAUACUUUUGUUUGGAUUCUGAAUCUUUUGAGAAUAAUUGUUUAUGGAGCAGCAUAUAGGGAGGAGAAAAAUGAUAUAAUGGGAAGUUGAAGCAUACUUUUUAUCAUGUUGUUCAGAAAAAAAAGUGUAGACCUUCUGGACAGGCAUGCUGUAUUAAAAAGCGCACUUGCAUUUAUUUUAUACAUUUUAUAUGUAGACAUCCAAUAGAAGGAUACAGCAAAUCUGUUUAGCUUUACAGUAAUUAAUGAGAACCAUUUUCUUAAAAUAGACCCAGUGUUUUUGCUGUUGUUAAUUCAGCCUGGAAUUGUCACUUGAUUAUGGAAAAGAAUUGUUUAUGAGUAUUCAGUAUUCUAGAAAGACAUAGCAACUUCACGUCAAAGAACUGCAGUAGAAGAAUCCUUAUGUUUUAUUAAAAUAUUUUAUUUUAGCAGGGUACUAACAGUAGAAUUCUUAUAUCUCAUUGCUAGUUCUAAAGAAAGGCAGCAGAUUCUACCAUGAGACAUCAUUUUGACAGAUAGAAGACACGGAGUUUAUCUUUAUGGUUUAUUUGAUGUUUUAUACAGUUGAUCUGAUUAAAAUACUAUUUAGAAACCAGUGGUGCAAUCAUGAAGCCUUUAGUCAAAUUAUCUCCCCAAUGAAGUCACUGUAAGUGUUGCCUGAACAAGGACUUUAUGACUGGACUAUAUACAUGUUAGCCUAGUCAGCAUGCUAGUUGGUUGAAUGGGAUUUAACACUGCAGUCAGAAUUUAUGUUGUGCAUACAAGUGAAAGUUAGAUAUUGAUCUUUUACUUGCCGAUACACUUAACAGAUUAGUUAAUUCCUCAGCUGGACAAAUACAAUUUUGCAUUUUUCUCCUAAUUAUAUUAUUGCCUUCUAAGUAUAAGAAGAGCUGUGAGGCUAAAGAAAAAAAGAAUGAUUUUUCAUAUAAUUGUAGCACAGGUAACGCUUACAGUUCAGUAACUGCAAACACUUCUGCAUAUGCUUAAAGCUAAGCAGUGUGCAAGUAUUGCUGGAUCAGAGCCUGAACCAGUAUAAGGACCAGAUGCACAUAUUGAAAUGUCAGUUUUAUCUCAUAGUACAAUUAUACAAUUGUUUAUGUAUUUGAAUACCUUAUCUAGUACAGUAUUUAUGCUACAUUUCUAGUGAGGAAGCUAAUCAGGUUGGUAAUUUUUUUUCCCUUUGCAUUUUAAUUUGGUGGUAUUUUAUGAAAACGUUGCCUGAUUAGUUUUGGGAAAUCACUGUGACCUUAAAUUUAUAAAGAUAUUCCACAAACAUCUAGCAAAGAUUUGAAAUGUACCUUUAUGAUAAUUAAGAUAUUUGUUGCUGUCUAUAACUAGAAAACAUAUUUGCAAAUACACUUUACAACAAAACCAACCAAAAAUAAAUAAACAAGAUUAAAUCAAAAGUGCUACAAACACCAUGAAGACAUUUUCGCUAUUUCAUUCAGACUAGGAAUGAUAGUAUUGUGCCAAAAUGUGCUCUCACUAUUUACCCUGUGAAAAACAAUCUGGUUUUAAUUAGUAGUAGUCAGUCAAAUAGAAUUUUCUUUAUACCCUAGUUGCAUAAUCACAGCCAGAUGAUUGAUUUUUCUGGUAACGUAAAGACAUUUCUAGCUGGUUUCCUAUUCUCUGCCCCAUGUUUCCUAAGUAGGUCUCCUGUGACUUUUUCCCCAUUAUAUCUUCAGUACUAAAUUAAGUUAUGAAUGUACCAAGUGAAAUGAAGAUGCAAGCCUUACUAGCAAAGUUAGCAACAGACAGAGAGCCAAGCAAUGACAUGAGAAAGAACCUUAAUUCCUGCAACACUGUUUAUAAAACUCCUGUUUAGACCUUGAAACCAAUUCAAAGGAAUAAUUGUCAAAAGAAUAUCCCUAUUUGCUCAACACAAGAAUUGCUAAACAAUAUGGGAAUGAUGGUAAUCGUAGCUGUUUAAUGAAUAAAACUGUUGUGCAGUAGCUAAUGUGAAUUCCAUGCACAAUGAAAUCCCUUGUAAAUAGCUGAUAGAAUUUCAACUGCUAAAAGAAUAAAUUAUUUACAUGAAAGCUGUACCUCUCCUAUGCUGUUUGGUUAGGUAUCAAAAUGAUUGCUCUCAGUACCUUUGGUUAUCUAUUGUUCAUGAGUAGCUUAUUGCUUUUCAUGCUUUAACAGCAUUGAUUCCAGUGACUGCUCCACAGAUUCUUUCCAUUUUGCAAGCACAGAGCUUAAACUCGGCAUUGGGUUGAUUUGCUUUGUGUCUCUAUAGUGACACCUAGCAUUUGUUACUUGAACAAACACCAGAAGUUCUAUAGUGAGUUACUUUUUUCUUAGUUUGAGUUUUUCUCAAUGACAUUGAUUUUGGUACAGUUAUAAAAGCAUAAGAAAAGAAGAGAAACUCUUACUUAUAUCAUAUCCUAAUGGUACCAUUAAAGUAACUGUAGUGAGUCAUUUAAUGAAUCUGUCUGUAAGGGAUAAUAUCCUGCCUUUGUUCUGUGCACUGAACUCACAGUGGAUUGAAAGGCCUUUUAUGUGUGGUGUGAUAGCAGAAUGUAGACCUAAGUAAUUUCUAAGAAAAGUACCUUUUAAUCUAAGGCUGGGCAGAUCCUGCUGGAGGGUGGUGAAGCAUUGGAAUGGGUUACCCAGGGAGGUGGUGGAAUCUCCAUCCUUAGAGGUUUUUAA